GAUUGGUUAUAACAUAAUUCUCUAAAUUGGAAGAGGGAGAUUAUUUUGCUGCAACAAAAGCGGCCUCUUAUAAAUUUUCACAACCCGCAAUCUUUUCCCUAACCUCUCUGCAGCAAAAAAAUCAGAAAGACCCUCCUUGGGUUGGGUCUUCUUCUUUUCUUUGCUUUCUUCUUGUUCCUCCGCAGGUUUCAGAAUUUGGGUUCUGUUCUAUAAUUAUUUUCAUUUAAUGGCGGAGGAGAACACUGGUAUACCUGUUGCUGUGGAGACAAGUGGGGAUGAAGGUAGCCAAGACGAGAGCUUUGACAUCCCUGUCAUUGCUGUUGCAGAGAUAAGUGAGCCCGACGAUAUCAGUGAGGAAAGCAUUGAUGAUAUCCUUGCCAUUCCAGAGGAAAAUGAGUCCGAACGCAGCAGUGUCGAAGUUAUUGUGGACAUUGAUGCCCCGAAAAUUGGACGAAAGAUUCCCUCUCGCUAUCUCCUACCAUACGCAGGCUCCUGCCAUGAUUUUUGCAAAUAUGGUACAAAACAUCCUCUUGAAGGGAAGCCUGCAAGUCUAGUCUUGAAGAAAGUUAUAACAGUUGGAGGUGAUGGCCGGGACUCAAGGAGGACUAUGAUUUCAUUGGCGAAACAGAACAAAGAUCCAAUCAAUACAAAGUCCUCCCCAGAUUAUAAUGCCAUGAAUAAUACUGACUCGAAGGAAGACAUUAUAUAUUCUCCGGAGAUCGUUAUUCUUUCUCCAAAAAGGCUUUUACCUUCCAGCAAGGAAAUGCAGGCUGCAGCAGUGCAUUAUAGCCGGACAAAACUCAAUUUGUCCCAUUCGAAGAGGUCGUCAUUUUCAGGACAAGGCAGUUCAGGAACCAAAAGAAACAAAGAAGUUCAAGAAGGCCAGGAACUAGACGGAGACGGAAGUAUAAGCAGUCGUACAAAUAGUAGCACGAGUAGAUGCCAAGAGAUAGAUAUCUUCGAAGAAGAAGAUAUGAAAGCCUUGGUGCCACAAGCUAUUUCUAGGAGUCCAAGAAAUCAUGGCAAGCGAGUGGCAGUUGCAGAUAAAAAGGUCACAGGGAGGCGUCGCCUGAAGAAUCGAAGCCAUCCUAUGAAAACUAAACUUGUUCACUGUAAGAAUGAGGAUGUAGAGGAGAAAACGUUAUACAUGAUUGAACCAUCUACCAAGAAUGAGGCAGAGGAAUUGGCUCAAAAUAGUGUUCAUACCACUGACUUGUCUCGACCAAAAUCUUCAUCUGCAGAAGACAACGGCUUGAAGCAUGAUCAGGAGGCAGAUGGGACCUCUAAGGUUCCACAGUCUGUGGAAAAAAUCGCGAGUCGUGCUAGAAAUGGUACUAGUUCUAAAAAUUUAUUUACAUCUUCAUCAGUCUCCAGGGGAUCCAAAGGUCUGAGACCUAAGAGAUAUGGUAUGAUUCAAAGGUCUAAGAUCCAAUCGGCUCCUUCAUCAUCAUCAUUGUCUAGGUACCCAGCUGAACCCGUCCAUGGUGAGCAUGGUGGCCGCCCCUCAGGAAAAGAUGUGAAAAAAAGUGAGCAUUCAAAGGUUGAACACAAGAUUAAGACUCGAAGGACAACUGUAUACGAUUCAGAAAAUGGAGAUUUCCAGUCCAGAAAGCUGAAGCCUAGGAAGGGGAGGUUGGUUGAACUUCAACCUGAAAACAAUUCACCGAGGAGGCCUAAAUUUCUGUCUGAUACAGAAAAUGGAGAUUCCCAGUCCAGAAAGCUGAAGCUUAGGAAGGGAAGGUUAGUUGAACUUCAACCUGAAAACAAUUCACUGAGGGGGCCUAAAUUUCUAUCUGAUUCAGAAAAUGGAGAUUCCCAGUCCAGAAAGCUGAAGCUUAGGAAGGGGAGGUUGGUUGAACUUCAACCUGAAAACAAUUCACCGAGGAGCCCUAAAUUUUUGUCCGAUUCAGAAAAUGGAGAUGUCCAGUCCAGAAAGCUGAAGUUUAGGGAGGGGAGGUUGGUUGAACUCCAACCUGAAAACAAUGCACCUAGGAGGCUUAAAUUUCGACGUGCACGGUUGCUUGGGGAGACUCAAACUCAAAGUCCUAAAAGUGAUUCAAGAAGGAGAAACUUUCAGGGUAAAGAGGCCAACCAAAAUGGUAACCAAAAUGGUGAUGAAGCGAAGGAAACUGAGCAUGGUUCUUCAAGACAACAAGAUCAGGAAACUAAAAGAAAGAAAAGCUUUAGGAGGAAGGAAACUAUUGAUAGUAAAUUCGUUUCUGCUAGAACCAAAUCUGAGAGGGUUGUCCUUAGACAUCAGGAUUCAAGAGGAAAGAAAGAAAUCCAAAAUCUGUUUAAUAAUGUCAUUGAAGAGACAGCAAGCAAGCUUGCACAGACCAGGAAGAGUAAGGUCAAGGCUUUGGUUGGUGCCUUCGAAACUGUGAUAUCUCUUCAGGACACCAGACCCUCUGCAACAGUUACAUGAUAUAAGCUGUAUGUUACACAUAAGAUAUAUCUUCUAUGUAUAUAACAAUCUGAAAAAGGUAACACAUAUAUAUAUAUAUAUAUAUAUAUAAUUAUUAUAUAGCUUCAAAUGUGACAUGAGAGUCAAGUAAAAAGCUUUGAUGGAAAUGCUAUGACCUAUAUGGAGCAGGGUUGUGUUAUUUCAAUAAAGCUGUUUAGAAGAUUGGGUUU